AUUUACAGUCUGCUAAUCCCCUUAUCCUCAAUCUUUCUCCGACAGUCCUGUAGAGGAUGGAGCAGGACGCACCUGUGGGACGUGGGAGAAAUUCUGAGAUUCCAACAAACUCACAACUUUCUGUACAGCAGACACAUUUUUUUGUUUUAUAGUUGCUAGUGUGUCGUUCAUUUAGAUACGCAUUUAACCGCGUGCAUCCGUUAAUUUGGAUCUAAAUCGAACGGUUAAUCCUAUUUGAAAAAGCUACCAGCGCACGGGACUGGAGCGGAACGUUUAUUUUUCGUCUCUUUUUGCUGUUUUUGGAUUAAAAUCAACCGUUUCUCAAUGAGCGACACGGAAAAUUACAGCUCGGAUUCCAAAUUGGAAUCUGUAAUACAGAGGGUGGAGGAGAGUGUGCUGUCUGAGGAGAAGAGGCUGACGGUCAGAGGUGCCUCCCCAGAAGACCCAACUACGUGUCUACCUGCACGGGUACGAACGAUUGUCACCAAGAACCUCAAGGAGAGCUCACCAGGAACCAGGUUCUCAGUGAUGUCUGUCCAAGAGGAGAACCGGGUGCUGCAGGUAGAGCUGGGAAGGCUGGAAGACCUGCUGGCCCAUAGCAAGGCGGACCGCGAUGAGCUGGCUAUCAAAUACAGCGCAAUCAGCGAGAGGCUAGAGCAUGCGCUCUGCCUGGAGACGGGUGACGGGGAGCAGGAUUCACCAGAGUCUCGCAGCCUGGCUCAGCAGAACGUGGACCUGCGCCGGCGUCUGGAUGAGGAGCAGGCGGCCUACAAGCGUAAACUCACAGCCUACCAGGAGGGCCAGCAGAGACAGGCUCAGCUGGUGCAGAAGCUGCAGGCCAAGAACACACAAAUGAACACAAAACAGGUCCUGCAGUACAAGAAGAGGUGUGGAGAUCUAGAGCAGACUCUAGUGGAGAAGUCCUCAGAGCUGGAGCAGCACAGACUGAGUGGUCGUUGUGAUCUGUCCAGCAACAGUCACCGCGGAGAAGAGGUGGAUCCAUGCUGCGACUUGGAAAAUGCUCUGAUUCGGUUGGAGGAGGAGCAGCAAAGGAGCAGCAGUCUGUCUGCAGUGAACGCCAUGCUGAGAGAGCAGUUGGAGCAGGCAGGACUGGCCAAUGAGGCACUCAGCCAGGACAUACGCAGGCUCACUGCUGAUUGGUCUAAAUCCAGGGAGGAGCUGGAGCAGAGGGAGUCUGAUUGGAGGAGGGAGGAGGAGUCUUUCCACAGUUAUUUCAGCAGUGAGCACAGUCGUCUACUGUGCCUAUGGCGACAGGUGGUGGGCUUCCUGAGGCAGGUGUCUGAUCUGAAGAGCGCUACAGAGAGAGACCUGUCUGACAUGCGUAACGAGCUGGUACAGACCUCCCACUCUAUCCAGUCAUCCUGCUCUGGCCUGUCCUCCACGAUGCGCAACCGGGAGGGAGGGGCGGCCCUGGCUCUGGAGCGGGAGGUGGCGCUGCGGGGGCAGCUGGAGCUGCAGCUCAGAGAACGGGUGGCCGAGAUGAUGAGCCUGCAGACCAGGACAGACGCAGAGAGGGCCGAGCUCAACGCCAGACUGUCAGAUGCAGUGCAAGAGUGGGAGAGGCUGAAGGGGCAGACUGAGGAGAGAGACAGAGACAUGGCCUCUCUGACCAGGAGACUGGAGGAGCAGAAUGGCAACGAUGAGACAGACAUGCAGGUGAUGAGAGCUCAUACUGAAACACUGCUGGACACACUGAGAGACAUCGCACAGACUGUCCUGUCCGAUGGGGACUCGUCAUCAGAGGCAGACCAGGAGAACACCGGAGCUCCUCUAUUGGCUCUGCUCCGUGGCUCCUCCCCUCACCGCUCCUCGUCAUCACGGCGAUCCAUCUCUCCCAGACGCUACUCCUCGUUGGCACCCAUCCCAGAAGCCAGCCUGUCUGCCCUGCGCUCUGCUGUCAACAGCAGACAUCUCCAGCUGCAGGAGGUCCGGGGGUGCCUGUCCUCUGCCCAUUCAUCAUUGCAGACACUGCGCAGACAGCUCGCAGAGGCGGAGUCAGCCAAGCGAGAGGCAGAGCAGCGCAGUCGGACCCUGCAGGGAGAGAGGGAUGGAUUUCAGAUAGAAAAAGACACCACGCAGAGAGAGAGAGAACGUCUGAAACAAGACAGAGACACACUGGCUAGCGAGAAGAUGGCUGUGGAGAAGGCAGCCCAGACAGCUCUGAUCAAGGCCCAGAUCCUGCAAAUGGACUGUGAAAAGCUGCAGCAGGCCGUGACGUCGGCCCAGAGAGAGAGGGAUCACGAGAGAGAGGAGAAGGAGGCCGUUCUGCAGGAGAGAGACCGAGCCAAGGCUGAGACCGAACGAGUUCAGAAGCAGUGGGAGCAGAGUGAGAGCCGGGCGUCUGUCCAGCGAGGGGAGCUGUCUGUAGUGAGAGAGAUCCACCACCAGGCAGAGGUAGAGAAGCAGCUGCUGGAGGGGGAGAAGACCCAGCUCACUGAGGCUCUGAACCGGGCUGAGAGCAGUAAUGCAGAGCUCUCUCUGCUGGUCAAUAAGCUUCACUCUGAGGAGGCUGCCCUCCAAGACUCUCUGGCCAAGAUGGGCAGCAUGAACGAGGGCCUGGCCCAGGACAAGUCUGACCUCAACUCCAUCAUCUGCCAGCUGGAGGAGGAGAAGGCCCAUCUGCACUCCCAGAAGCGUGAGGCGGAGCAGGAGAAGCUGACCAUCAGAGAUGAGCUGGUCCGAGUGGAGCAGGACAGACUAGAGCUGGACACCGCCCGCCUCGCCCUCCACCAAUCACUGCAAGAGUCCGAGCUGAGCAGGGUGGGGAUGGAGGCGGAGCUUCAGAGUCUCCGGGCAGAUAGAGUGAAGCUGCAGGACAAAGUCACUCAGUUGUGUGGCGAGGUGAGCUCUCUGGGGGCGGAGUUGGGUAUGGCCCGGGGUGAGGAACAGAGGCAGGGCGUGGCCCUGGAGGAAGUAGGGCGGGGCAGAGUGGAGCUGGCUAGAGAGAGGGCGGGGCUGGUGGUCCAGCUAACUGCGUCAGAGAGAGAGAACACCAACCUGACUGAGGAGCUGGCCACAUUCAGGUCGGAGCGGGAGGCCCUGGAGACCAGCCUGUUUGAGGAGCAGCAGCAGCUGGUGCAGCUGGAGUCUGGCAGAGAGCAGCUGGAGACAGAGAUCCAGAGCUUGCGUCUGCGCUGUGAGACAAACACUGCGGAGCUGAGGCGUGUGCGUGCUGAUGGGGAGAAUGCACUGGCACAGAGUGAGAGGGAGAGAGCGGCUCUGAGCCAGGCCCUGAGCAGCACCCAGCAGGAGUUCCAGAAGGCCCUACGCACCACCAUCAAUGACCACCAGGAGGAGGCAGAGAGACUGACCGCUGAGAAGGAGGCCCUGCGUCACAGUCUGGAGUCUGAACAGGAGGGGGCACUACGCCGAGUCAGACAGGAGGCCGAAGAGCAGCACCUCAGAGCCGAGAGAGACCGGGAAGACCUGAGAGAUGAAGUGAGGAGUCUGCAGCACGACAGAGACCAGAGUCUGCUACAGGCAGAGACAGAGAAACAACAGAUGCUGUCCCAGAAGGAAACAGAGAAGGCUGUGCUGUCUGAGAGAGUGUCCAUCCUGCAGGCAGAGCUGGGUACUGCAGCCCUGGAGCUGGACAGACUAGCCAGAGAGGCAGCUCAUUACAAAGACCAGGAGAGGGCCUCAGUGGGAGCUCUGACCAUUGAGUUACUGGAGCUUCGCUCUCAGCUGGAGGAUGCUGACAGUGUUCAUGAUCGGGAGCUACACAGGCUGCAGGAGAACUGCACUGACCUACAAACACACACGGACAUUGCACUCAAAGAGUUGGAGGAGUGCAGAGCUUCUCUCUCAGCCAGUGAGGAGAGCCGAGACCAGGUGAGGCGGGACAUGAUGGAGAUGGAAAGGCGCCUCAACCAAACCCGGGACACUGGAGAGGGGUACAGAAGGGACGGUGUGGAGCUACGGCGCACCCUCGGUGAUGUCACCAAGGAGAGAGACACUCUCAGCCUAUCAAAUGCCCAACUGAGAGAGACACUGAGAAGUGCAGAUACUGAAAGAAUCAGUGUAAAGCGUCAAUGUGAGGAGAAGGAGCAGCGGCUGGCUGUUCUGGAGGAGAGCCUGUCGUCUGCCCAGAGAGAGGUGGCUGAACUCCGCAGCUGUUUGAGAGAGGUUGAGAGGUCACGACUGGAGGCCUGGAGAGAGCUGCAGGAGAUACGCAGACAGGUGAAGGUGCUUGAUGGAGAGAAGGAACAGAAAGGGAAGGAGGUGGCUGAGCUGCAGACACGUCUCUCCCUGGAGGAGCAGAGAGAGGAGGAGAGAGGGAGGGCGAUGUUCUCUCUCAAACAGAAGCUGGUCGAGGCUGACACAGCCAUGACCUCCAUCAAGAAAGAGCUGUCCAUCCUCCAGAGGCGUCUGACAGAGUCAGAGUCAGGCUGUCGGGGUUGUGAGAGGGAGCUGACGGCCCAGCUGCAGGAGGCCCGGGGCUGUGAGAAGAAGCUCCAAGAUGAGGCCAGGAACCUGUCCCUGCGGGCCCAGACAGCCCAGGACUCCCUCACCCUGUCUAGCCUGCAGCUCAGCGAGGCCCAGGGCCGCCUGGCAGCCACCGAGGCAGAGCUGGCCCGGUCCGAGGCCGGACGCAGGGAGCUGGAGUUCCGCCUGGGCAGCCUGCAGUCGGCGCUGACCCGUACACUGGGCAUCGGAGUGGGGGGCCGAAGCAGUGCCAGCUGGGGCAGGAGCCCCAGGGGGAGCUCCCCAGCAGCAUCCCACAGCAGCAUCACACGUCACCGUAGCCUCUCGCCCCUACGCUGCUCACUGUCGCCCCCUAAAGAUUUUGGAGGUUCGACCCCUGACAACACGUUGGGCUGCUCCAGGCAGAUCUCCCCAGAACGGGGUGACACGCCCCUCCCCAUGCCUCUGCCUGAGCUGGACCCUGAGACGCUGCGCUGCGGCCUCAGAGACUUCCUCCAGGACAUCCGAGACUCUCGGAGAGAGAGGGACGAGGCUCGGUGCCAGUUGGGGGCGCUACAGAGUGUGCUGGAGGAGAUGACGGGGGAGAGAGACUCCGCCCAGAACCACCUUUCUCAGCUACACAACACACUGCAGGAGUGCCAGGAGGGUAAGCGUUGUGUUGACGGGCGUCUGAGCUCCACCCAGGCCAUGCUCCAGCAGCAGGAGGAGACGGUGAGGAGGGGAGAGAGGGAGAGGAGGGCCCUCACUGACAGAGUCAAGGUUCUGGAGAGAGCCCUGCAGACUGCAGAGACGGAGAGGAAACAUACACAGGACCAGUUGAGUAAGCAGCGUGCGGGCGAGGUGCGUCUGGAGGCUGAGCGGAGGAGACUGCAGGAGGCCCUGGAGACUGCCGAGGCCCGGGGGACCAGGGUGGAGCUGGGGAGACGCAGCCUGGAGGGGGAGCUGCAUAGACUCAAACUGAGCCUCGGGGACAGGGAGGCUGAGAGCCAGGCCACCCAGGAGCGCCAUGACGUACUACUCAAACAGGUGGCAGAGGGGGAGAGCCGUGUGACGUCGCUCAAGAGAGAGGUGGAAAGGCUGAGCCAAGCUCUGUCUAAAGUCCAUGAAGGAGAGGCCUGUCUCAGAGAGAAGACCCAGAACCUUUCACAGAGCCUCCAGGAGGCCACGGCUGCCCACAGCGCCACCCAGGGGCGCCUGGUCGCACUGCAGAAGACCCUGGGGCUGGCCGAGCAGGACCGCAGGCAUCUACAGGAACGAGUGGAUGUAGCACGGGCCUCCCUGGCGGAGGGGAAGAGAGGCAUGGUGGCCCUCACUGAGCGAGUGCAGAGCCUUCAGACUGAGCUGACCCAGAGCGAGCUGAGACGAGGAGAGCUGGAGGCAGAGCUGGCCCACACACAGGAGGCCCUGCGUCAACGGUCCACCAGUCUGACAGAGGCCCAGUACAGUGCCCAGUCAGCCCAGGCAGAGAGAGCAGCUGCAGAGGAGAGGCUGCGGGGGCUGCAGAGGGCCGUGGCCGUGCUGGAGACCGAGAAGAAAGAUGCGGAGAGACAGGCUGUCCGCCUGGAGAAGGACAAAAAUGCAUUGAGAAAUACACUGGACAAGGUGGAGCGUCAGAAGCUGAAGACUGAGGAGGGUAGCAUGCGUCUGUCUGCAGAGAAGGGCCUCCUGGAUCGCUCCCUCACCACUGCCGAGCAGGAGCUGCAGAACGCACAGAGACAGAUAGCAGUGCUACAGGCCCAGCUGGCUGAGAUGGAGCAGUCCCACAAUGAGAGUGAGAGCUCUGUCCUCCAGCAUGAUGAGGUGCUGCGUGAGGCGGAGAAGCUGAGGGUCGCCCAGAGGGAGUUAGAAAGGAUUCUGGCUGCCCGGGACAGAGCCCACCGCCACCGUGUCAAAGGCCUGGAGGAGCAGGUGUCCACUCUGAAGGACCAGCUACAGCAGGAGAUGAGUCGUAGACAGCCCUCUCUACCCACCUCCCUCAUAUCUGGGGGGAACUGAGCACUGAGCAGCGCUCCCUGUGUCCCUCCAUGGGUACUACAGCCCACUAACAGCUCCAGAACCAGUAUCACAUCAUCAGCUCCUCUGUCUUGACACACGCCUCUCCUCCUACUCAGGGAGAAAGUCAGCGACGCCACGGGAGGAGACUGUGGGUGAUAAAAGUGUCAUCCAGCACAACAGAGGAAUGAGAUCCUCAUCUCUGCCAGUAUAUACAGUUGACCAGGGUUCCCUUCCACACACACACCAGCAUACAAUGGGAGAACAGUCUGAGUCACUGUUUGAGCACUAGGCAACAAAUUGAUCAGUCCUAUGAAGAAACUACUGUACCGUCCAUCUUGCUAGUAUUUGGUUGAGAUUGACCCAACUAGUUUGCCUGGACUAAUAGAUGGACACUAUUAUAUGUAGAGCACAUGAUAUAUAGACAUGAGAUGAAAUAUUUAUGCACUGUAUGUGUGUACUGUUUGUGAUUUUAGAUGUGUGUGUGUACUGAACAAAAAUAUUAAUGCAACAAUUUCAAAGAUUUUACUGGGUAACAGUUCAUAGAAGGAAAUCAGUCAAUUGUACUAAAUUCAUUGGGUCUUAAUCUAUGGAUUUCACAUGACUGGGCAGGUGCACAGCCAUGGGAGGGCGUAGGCCCACCCACUUGUGAGCCAAACCCAGCCAAUCGGAAUGAGUUUUCCCCACAAAAAAAUAAGUUUUAUUACAGACAGAAAUAAUCCUCAGAACCCCCCAUCCCCCUCCUCAGACGAUCCCGCAGGUGAAGAAGCUGGAUGUGGAGGUCCUG